AUGUGCCGAGCAUGCCUUGAGCUCUCCGCUGCGGUCUGGGUGACUUCCGGCAUCCAGGGACCAGCGGUGGAUCGCCAAACGCCGACGGCGCCUGCGGCCAUUGGUCAUGCUGGAAGUGCGGUGCCAUUCCCAGUACAUGUAUCUACAGUGGCCUUCAGCGAUGGUGGUGCGCUGCAGCCUGAAAACGCACCAGGCAAGUACGAGGACAGUGUUGAAGAUUUUUGGGCGGUUAUGAGAUCACGAUUGGACGCUUGGAUGGAACUACGGUCAAGGGCUGUAUUUUUCUGCAUCAUGUGGCGACGCAGUUUGGAUCUGCCAACUGUACUGAUGCUGGCUGGUGCAUCAAGUUCAAACGAGACGAUGCAGGACAGUAUCCGUCCGGCGUCUAGCAUCACCACUGGUUUACACCAAAGAGAAGACGUCAUUCGCAGGGGUGAGGUAAUUCCCUUUGCUGUCCGUCUCCAGACGUCACAGCACCUCGAAUCUGCAACUGGAAGGCGUGCUCGAAUUUUCAUGCUCUUGCACCAUCACUGCGGUAGCAACACCAACACUUUGCCUCGAUUGCCUUCGACUUGCAGCAUUGUGCAUUACAGUUUUGCCACGACCGUCAGCAAAUCCGUUGCGCUGCUAUCCAUUCUUCAGGCUCCAUCGAAUGGGCUACCUUUUCCUUCCAGGCCUUCCGGCAGCCUGGCCAAGCCGCAAGGCCCCGAGCUCCCAGCAUCCCAAAACCGCUCAGCCGUCCUCGUUUUCGCAUCACGAACCGACAGCGAUGAUCCAAGUUGUUUGCCUGUCAAAACGGCCCUAGCGCCCAACCACAGCCGGAUGGGCCGCGACUCCCGGCAUCCGCUUAAAAAGCCCCCGAAUAAUAGCGCAGCAGCCGAUCUGCCACCGAGCACCCGAACCGCCUCAGACCGCCUUCGAAUCAAGCGGUACAGUAUUACUUAUCGCAAACAACACAACGAAGAGGUGGGAGAAGAGAAGAGGCUUCGUGCUAACGUUGACUGUGGCGCGUGGCGACUGUCCAGCGACGCCAUCAACUCCACUAACGGGAUAAAACUGGGCGAUGCUCGUGGCAGAGGGAGGCUUGAAACGAGACUGCCAACUUGCUUGUUUCUGCUGGCCCUUUGUAUGCGCGGCUGCUGCGGAUGGGAUGCCGGACAGAUUGCCUCAUCACCGCUGACCAAGCUCGGUCCGCUGUAUCUGUUCCUGAGCGACGGCGACAUUUCGUUCGAGGUGAAGCAGCAUCUGCCUUGUUGA